AUGGCGCUGCCUUAUCGCCUUCCCUCUCGGCAGACCUCCCGACAGACCUCUUUGGACCCUCGAGAGAACAUAGCAGUGCACCAAGACCAUUACAUCGGUAUCGAUGUUGGAACAGGGAGUGCCCGUGCAUGUAUCAUCGAUGCCAAGGGCGACAUCGUGGGCUUAGCCUCGGAGAAUAUUGGACUCUGGCAGCCAGAGCACGGCUACUAUGAACAAUCUACCACCGACAUCUGGCGCUGUAUCUGCACAGCGGUGCAACGGGCUAUUAGCCAGCAUAAUGUCGGACCGGAGACAGUGCGGGGUAUUGGGUUUGAUGCCACCUGUUCCCUCUCCGUGUUUAACAGUGAGACUGGGGAACCCAUCUCUGUGACAGGGCCGAACUUCGACUCGGAUCGUAAUGUGGUCCUGUGGCUGGAUCACCGUCCUGUGGAUGAGGCUGCUAAAAUCAAUGCUACAAAUCAUAAUUUGCUUCGUUAUGUUGGGGGCAAGAUGUCAGUUGAGAUGGAGAUUCCUAAGGUUCUCUGGCUGAAGAACCAUAUGCCCAAGGAGCUGUUUGGCAAGUGUGAAUUCUUCGACCUUGCGGAUGCACUUACCCACAUAGCGACCGGUAAUGAGAAGCGCAGCUUCUGCAGCGUGGUCUGCAAGCAAGGCUAUGUACCUGUCGGAGUUGAUGGCAGUGUGAAAGGAUGGCAGGAAGAUUUUCUGAACGAGAUUGGUCUGGGGGAUCUAACCACAGACAACUUUAAGCGCAUGGGCGGGGUUGACGGGGUGAAUGGUGAUUAUUUGAGUGCCGGUGAACUCGUCGGCCAUCUAUGUGAAAAGGCCGCCGCAGAGCUAGGCUUGCCCGCCGGAAUUGCCAUUGGCAGUGGCGUAAUCGACGCAUAUGCUGGCUGGAUUGGUACCGUUGGUGCCAAAGUCAAUCUGGAUCCUGAUCAGCUUAAUGAUGAGGUAGCCAAGAAUGAUCCAGCGCAGGCUUUCUCUCGUCUUGCAGCCGUGGCUGGGACCUCAACUUGUCAUCUGGCUAUGUCUCCAGACCCAGUCUUUGUUGAUGGUGUCUGGGGCCCUUACAGGGAUACGAUUCUUCCAGGAUACUGGAUGGCCGAGGGUGGUCAAUCUGCCACGGGGGAAUUGCUGAAGCACGUCAUUGAAACACACCCGGCAUUCAACCAAGCUACCUCGAUCGCCGAGUCUUACCAUACCAACAUUUAUGACUACUUGAACGAACACCUCAAGGAAAUGAGGCAGGACCAAAAGGCUCCGUCUAUAUCGUACCUGGGUCGUCAUUUCUUCUUCUAUGGCGAUCUUUGGGGUAACCGGUCUCCUAUCGCCGAUCCUAAUAUGACCGGAUCCAUUUUUGGAUUGACAAGCGACAAGACCGUCGACGGUCUUGCAAUUUACUAUUAUGCCACCUUGGAGUUCAUUGCCCUGCAAACCAAGCAGAUCGUGGAUACAAUGAACCAAGCUGGGCACGGAAUUACUUCAAUCUUUAUGUCGGGCUCGCAAUGCCAGAAUGAUAUCUUGGUCAGCCUCAUUGCGUCGGCUUGUGAUAUGCCAGUCGUCAUUCCGCGAUACAUUCACGCCGCUGUGUGUCACGGUGCUGCAAUGCUGGGUGCAAAGGCUGCUAGUACUGAUAAAGAGGGAAAGACGGAAAGUCUGUGGGUUAUCAUGGACCGUAUGAGCAAACCUGGCAGGAAGGUGAUGCCCACGGUGGACACUAAAGAGAAGGCUCUUUUGCAGGCCAAGUACCAGGUAUUCCUGGAGCAAUGCUUUAAGCAGCAGAAGUAUCGCCAGAUGGUCGAUGAAGCCGUGGGUGAUUGGGUGUCGGCCUGA